UGGAAAUUUUGUGUUUUUAUUUUUAAUAAACUUGAUAAUGGAUGGAAUUUGAUGGAAUUUUAAAAUAUUCGAUUAUGUAGAAUAGUAUAAAAUGUCGAGUUUUAGGAGGGAUCAAAUUCCCGUGGUGGUAUCUGCUUUUAUGAAUUUCGUUUGGGCAUUCUCGUCAUUUCUGAGUGUCGAUAUGGUCAAACUGUAUUCAUACUACUUUAUGCAUCAAAUCAACUUCCCAACUCUGUACUAUACCGUGUUCGCAUUUUCAUUCAUUUGUUUCACUUUCUUAAAAUUCAAUAGAGUAUUCACAACUGUAGUCAUUAUAUGGUUCAAUUUUCUAGUUCACUUGUUGUUAGUAUUUUUCAUAUACUUCCCUAUCAAAAAUCGCAUAUUCUAUAGAUUGUUAUUUGCAUUCUGGAGUCAUCUGUUUGCUUUAAACCUGAUUGCAACAUUAUACCUAGCAUCUUAUAAUAUUGGUGGAAUAAACGGCUUGGUAAUGGGUGCUGCAUCAGCAUACUUUUUUGGAUAUCUGUUAUUACAUGGAGUUGAGAGACCUUCAGAUUUCAGUAUCGCAUCAAGGAAAACAACAUGUAAUUGGUUUAUAAGUGUAAGAUGUUUUUUUAGUAUCGUAUCUUUUAUAUUCUACAGGGAUUAUUUGGAAUAUUAUUUCUACUUCGAAUACAAUGAUUCUGUUAACAGAGUAACAAUGGAAAAUUUGUUUAAAUGGUUUGAUGGUCAGGAGGUUGAUUUAAUGACAACGGUAAGGAUUAAUGAUCUAAUGCCCACGCAUAUCAAUUUGGGUUGUUUGAAAUACUUGUUAGCUCCAUCUCUUGCUCCUGCUGCUUAUUUAGCGGUUAUUUAUAUGUCGUUCUGUACAACUUCAAUGUUUUCGCCCCCUUUCAAUCCAACUCCAAUAGUUUCAUCCAUUUAUUUUAGAGACGAUAUUUAUUUUAUUGAAUAUCUAGGUGGCUUUUUAGGUGCACUUAUCGCCGUCCUGUUACGUCCACAUCUCCAUAAACGAUUUGCGUCAUUAUUUUUAAUACACUAUCUAAUUUCUGGAUUUUUGUUUUUUGGUUUCAACACUUAUAAACUUGAUUUGUAUAAUAAAAAAAUUGUACUAUCCCUUUUGUCAUUCUUUUCAUCUAUCCUAGGGACAUUUGUACUUGUUUUUGCUUUUAUAAAUUUCCUGAGUGGAAACCUUACAUUUAAGUGUAAAAAACGUAGUCCAAGUUGUCAAGAGUGUUGUGUUAAUGAUACAGGUAUUUGUUUAUGUAACAAAAAGAAUUCUAAUGAACCAUGUUCAAAACCUCCUCCAACUGAAUGUGUUAAUAUUUGGCUACCAUAUAACAACCACAAUACAUUUCGUGAUUGGACAUAUGGUGAUUGUAUUUUUUGUCAUUCACAAAACUACAAAAAUAAGAAAGCUAACUGCACAUGCUGUGCAGGUGCACAAACUAAUUGUUGUGCCUGUUGCUGUCCAAGUUGCGUCACUAGAUCUCCUUGUUCAUGCAGUCCAUGCUCUCAACGUUGUUCCCAGAGAUGUUGUUGUAAAACAAAUAAAACUCGUCACUAUCUAUUGAGGAACUGUGUUGUCUCAUGUUGUCCCUAUUGCGAUUAUUGUCUGUUGUUAGAAUGUGUUAAAAUCCCUUGUGUAUGUCCAUGUAAACACAGAACUUGUAAAAAUAGAAACGAAGUUCAGAACACAACACUAGGUGAUAAAAAAAAUUGUCUGGCAAAAAUAAAACUGAAUAUUGGCAAAGAUCAAAAACAUUUUUAUCUAUGUUCGUAUUCUGAUGCACCUGAUUUAGAGAAAUUGAAGAAGUUAUUUUGUUGUAAAAACCAAGAUGCUUCCCAAAAUUGUUGUAUUAAAUGUUGUGGAGACAACGAAAACAUAUGUGGUAAGCAUUUUACAAUAGCGGAUCAUAAAAUAUCAUCGUGUUGUCAUUAUCAAUUGAAAAUUUGGAUUAGUUUGAAAGAAAUAAAUAGUACAUUCCAUAUUGGUCAACAACCAUUUGAUAAAAAAUACGAACAAAUCAAUUCGUUAAUAUUUGCAAACGAUAAAUGCAAAGAAUGUUGCAAAAAUUGUGGAUGCUCUGAGGGAACAAAUUGCAAACAAGUAGAUAUAUUAAAAAUUAAUGAAAAAGAUAAUCAAUCAGAAUGUGGAGGAUAUCUUAAAAUGGAAUGUAAAGGGUCUAAUGGAGUUUGCAAAUGUUGUUGUUGCUGCUGUCAAAGUACAGGAGAUUCAUCACAAUGUGAGUGUUGUUGCGGUAGCUGUCCUCAAGCAACCACUUGUCAAAAUAAGAAGUGUUGUGCGAUGAAGAUACUUCCAACUAAUUUACCGUAUCAUUUUAGAAAGAUUGAUAUAAGGAGAAAUGAAGUAAUAGCUCUAGUGUGUUUUUCAGUAUUAAUAUUUUGUUUGGUUAAGUUGAUAGCAUCAAUGGUAAUAUCCUAUAAAAUGAAGGAAUACUAUCUUCCAAUAAGCUUCAAAGUUAGUGACUUCACAGAAGUUCAAAAAGUAAACUUUAAGAAAUAUGAGUUCAAAGAAUAUAAAUCAGAUUCACAGUAUGCGAGAAAGGUGUUUCCAGAUUAUGAAGGUGAUGAAAAGUACUUGAUCAAGUAUGCCUUGGAUGUUGAGAUCCAACUAUUAGAAAGGAAAACUAAUUUAAUUAGAGACUUCAUGGAUGAGUUAAAUACGCUGAGAUUUGAUAAUUGGUGUGAGGAUAUGAUUAAAAACCAAAAGAAGAGAAUUACAGGACCCUAUAGCGAACUUAAGUUUUAUGCACACUUCAACGCAUACCUUGAUUACGCUUUGAAGUACCUAGUAUUCAGAGAUGCAGAUUUAAUAUUUUAUUAUUUUAAAAAGUAUACACAACAGUGGGAAGUUGAAUGGAAUGAUUUUGAAAAAAGAUUUCUCAGAAACCUCAAAAUAUACACAGAUUACUCAUUGAGCCUCAAUAGUGUAGGAUACUUUGAUACAAACACAGAGCUUCAGAAAAUAAUAGAUAACAGACAACUAUCCAUAUUAAAAUUUCUAAAUUCCAGAAAUGAUCAACUAACAGGUUAUCUAUCAAUGAAUAGAGAUUUGUUGGAAAAGCUAAAAAGAUCAAGUAAAGAGGAAAAAUUACCCAGACAUAUUGAUCUUUGGGAAUUUAGAUUAAGUUUAAUAAGGGAAUGGUCAGCUGAUAGAAGUAUAUUAUUAAAUUGGAAUCCAUUUGAGUACUCGAUGGACAUGAUACUAUUGUGGAAUGACCUGUUCAGAGACCUUUAUAUUCAAUCAUUUGUAUCAACAUAUCGAAACAACAAACAUCAAGAUGUUAACAUAUGA